AUGUCUUUAUCACAUUCCGAGGAUAAUGAGUCUUCAUUAUGUUCAGGUAUUUCAGACGGCGAUCCGACCAGGAAGCCUAAUGACAGCUACAAGGCACAUCCACCUGGUACUCUAUGCAAGAAAUCCGGGGUCAAAGGUGGUCUUAAUGAAGAAUAUCUGCCUCAGGUCGACGGAGGUGUUCAUGCAUGGCUUUUUCUUUUGGCCGCUACCAUGCUGGAAGCAUUGGUAUGGGGAUAUGCCUUUUCGUUUGGUGUUUUUCAGGACUAUUAUAGCGUUCACGAGCCAUUCAAAGGAUCUAAAAAUAUAGCAGUUAUUGGAACAUGUGCUAUGGGAAUUGCAUAUUUACUUGCCCCCUUCACGAUUAUGAUGAUGAUUAUGAUUCCUCGGCUUGCCCGUUGGGUUUCAACAAUGGGCAUUCUCAUUGUCUGUGGUUCCCUGGCACUGAGCUCCUUCGCUUCUAACACCACACAACUCAUAUUGGCUCAAGGGGUUGCUUAUGGAAUCGGUGCAUGCUUUUCAUACACACCAUCCAUCUUGUACAUGUCAGAGUGGUUUGUGAAACGGAAAGGGUUGGCCUUCGGGAUUUCUUUGGCUGGAUCAGGGGUCUCUGGAGUCAUAUUUCCUCCUCUUAUACAAUGGCUUCUCGGUGAAUAUGGAGUUAAAACAACACUACGAGUUUCUGCAGUGACAUUAUUUAUUCUCGCUGUACCAUUUCUUUAUUGGCACAAGCCUCGACUGUCACCUCCCAUGGCUCCCAGCUAUGAUAGACUGAACUUGAGAUUUUUAUACAGCAGAGUGUACAACAUAUACCAGCUUGGAAAUACCGUCGAAGCACUGGGUUUCUUCCUGCCAACCAUAUAUCUUCCCACAUAUGCCCGCAGCAUAGGCGCAAGCGAGAUUGUUUCUUCCCUCACUGUCACACUGAUCAAUCUGUCCUGGGUCUUCAGUUCCGUGUUUAUGGGUUUCCUCUCUGAUCGCUACCAUUGCACCACCUGUAUCCUUAUAUCAACCGUUGGCACGGUUUUAGCGGUGUUUUUUCUUUGGGGAUUUGCUAUCAACAUCCCGGUUCUUUACGUGUUCUGUGUUGCAUAUGGGCUCCUAGCGGGCGGAUAUACAGCGACAUGGGCUGGAGUGGCAGAGGAAAUUGGGCGGGCCAAUCCGGCAGCCGACGUGAGCGUCAUAUAUCCAUUCAUGGAGUUGGGAAGAGGAAUCGGUAAUCUGGUUAGUGGUCCGCUUAGUGAAGCGUUGCUCAAGGCAGAUAACUGGCAAGGUUCUGCAUAUGGUGUGUAUGGGAGUGGGUAUGGCACACUUGUUGUUUGUACAGGAGCCACAGCGCUGAUAGGCGGCGUCUCGAUCGCAGCACGGCAAUUCAACUGGGUAUAA